AUGGGGUCUAGGAUCACACUUAGACCAAGACCACCACCAUCAUCACCCUCACAACCACAAUCCUCCCAAGAAAUAAACAACAUAAUCGAGGCACUAAUAGGCGCAAGUGAUUUCACCAACUGGGCAAAUAUUAUCUCAAUGAUCAACCCACUAACACUCCCAAUCAGCGCAACUCUCUUCAUUCCACAAGACCAAGACAGUUCUCUCAACAUGAACACAAACAUGGACCCUUUGCUCUUACCUUACCACAUAGUCCUUCAACGCCUCUCUUUCUCUGACCUCUUCAACACCAACACUCGCCUCCCAACUCUCUUACCAGACAAAACUAUCCUCAUCACCAACACCUCUGCCACCAAUUUCACCCUCAACGACUCUCCCAUCACUCAACCCGAUGUCUACACCACCAAUGCCGUCACAGUCCACGGCAUUGCAGUCCUUCUUGAUUACUCCAUUUACGGCGAUCAUGACACUGAUGGGCUCGGGUUAUCAUUGCCCAAACCUCCACCCCAGCAGCCACAGCUGCAAGUUUCACCUGCAGAUCAUGGCUCAACAAUACCACAUCCUGUAAUUUCACUUCAUUUGGUUUCAAUGCCAUAUGGAGCCUACUCUCCGAUCUAUAUUCAGAUUAAUCAACUGCUACUUUUUUCUCUCAUACUAAUGGGGUUGAUGGUGAGGUAA